AUGGCAGCAUCAAGGACGGCAUGGUACAGUGUGUUUGGGAGAAGUUUUAUCUGUUGGGCAUCCAAUCCUAUCAACCCACUUCAGCACCAUUUGCCAGAAAGCAAUCUUUGUUUUUCUCUCCCUAGGUACCUGAAGAAGCCCUUGGAGAUACUUUACAUGGCCAACUGUCCCCUCUCACAGUCAGACUUGGAUUAUCUGACCUAUUGCCUGAAUAUUUUUGAGCUCAGAUGUCUGACCCUUAUUAAUGUUAAUUUAUGUUAUUCACUCCUUGAGCCUCUCGGGUUUCUACUUGAGAGAGUUAGACAUACACUAGAAUGUCUAGAAUUGAAAUCAUGUCAUAUGGGGGAAUCUCAGUUCAAUGCCUUGUUGCCUGCCCUAAGCCAAUGUUCUUGCCUCACAGAAGUCAAUUUCUAUGAUAGUGAACUCUCCCUGCUUUUCCUGAAACAACUUUUAUACCACACAGCCAAGCUGAGUCAGUUGACCGAUGAGAUGUACCCUGCCCCUUUGGAGUGCUAUGAUAAUGGGGAUGUAAUACUAACACACAGAUUAGAAAAAUUUUGUCCUGAGCUCCUGGAUAUACUCAAGGCCAAAAGACAGCCCAAGGAAGUCAUCUUUGCUACAAUGCAAUGUUCUAAGUGUGGUGGGAGACAAAAUGUUGCCUUUUUGAAAAAGAUCCACUUUAAGGGUGAUUGUGGAACAGAGAAAUGGAACUUAGUAUUGGAGAUUGAUAAAAUCUUAAGGGAAUGUCCUUUGCAGAAAGGAGCAUGGAUGUGUAAUCACCUAAAGGUCUGA